AUGGCACUUACAUGUACAGAUAUCUUCAAGUUUAUUUUUGCAAUAAUAUUUCCACCAUUAGGAGUUUUUCUUGAAAGAGGAUGUUGUGUGGAUCUCUUAAUAAAUGUCCUAUUAACUCUAUUUGGAUAUAUACCGUAA